GCGGGACUGGGUGAGGAGGAUGGGAUGAAGUGAAGGGUGGGUUUGUGGAGAAAAGUCGGGAAAGGAGAGAGGGUCGAGAGAUGGGGGAACCGCCGGACAAGGGGAAACCUGGGGGCCACAGUUGCCCCACCUGGGAUAUUUGGCGUGCGGCAUGCCCCUUCCCGGGACUUAGUGCUUUGGAAGCCCUGGAUGCCCCAUAAAACCUCUAGGAGACCCCCUUCCUCAUUUCCUCGCAUUGUCUCCUGAGGUGAGGAGGGGGCAUUGUCUCCUGAGGAAAGAGAGGCUUCUGGCCCCCACCCAGUACUGGAUGGACCAAGAAGUGGGAGAGCAGAGGCCCCUUGGUCCCAACCCUAGCCCUGCCGUCAACAGACUGUAACAACUCUGUGUGACCUUGGACAAGUCACUACCUUUCUUUGGGCCUCAUAUUUCCCAUCAAUUAAAAAAAAAAAAAAAAAGGAAGAUGCAUGAGAAUGAUAUCCUCGAUUUCUUCCUGCUCCAAAAUGGGGUGGUUCUUGAGGAGAGAGUUCAGGAGAAUGGGUUCUGGGACGUGGUGAAGCAAAGGAAAAGGAUGAAGAUGGAGGCAGGCCUUCGACUGGGGCUGCAGACAAUCCCCUGGGAUGUUGGGGGAUGGUAGGCACAAAGCAAGGCUGGGGCAGGCUCGCCAGCGCCUCUGGAAUUAGGUUGGAGGGAUGGGAGAACUCUGUAAGUAGAGGAGGAGGUUGAGACCUCACCUGAGAAAGAUGAAGACAAGAAGUAACAUUCUGUUUAUCAGGGAGAGUGAUGAAGAGAUGGCAGGAUCAGAGAGAAGGAAUGAAAGUCGGUUCCCGAUUCUGGUCCCCGGCCCCCAGCAGCGCCUGCCCCCUUCCCACCGGGGCCCCCCAUGAUGCCACCACCCUUCAUGCCCCCUCCGGGAAUCCCCCCACCUUUUCCUCCAAUGGGGCUACCCCCCAUGAGUCAGAGACCACCAGCCAUCCCUCCCAUGCCACCUGGCAUCAUGCCCCCAAUGCUUCCACCAAUGGGGGCACCACCGCCGCUCACACAGAUACCGGGAAUGGUACCUCCCAUGAUGCCAGGAAUGCUGAUGCCCGCAGUGCCUGUCACCGCAGCGCUGCUGUGGCUGGGACAGGCCCUCUGAGGGCCCUAUGGAGUGAGCAUGUGGCCCCUGAUGGGCGCAUCUACUACUACAAUGCUGACGACAAGCAGUCCGUGUGGGAGAAGCCCAGCGUGCUCAAGUCCAAGGCAGAGCUGCUGCUGUCCCAGUGUCCCUGGAAAGAGUACAAGUCAGACACAGGCAAACCUUACUACUAUAACAACCAGAGUAAGGAGUCCCGCUGGACCCGGCCCAAGGACCUGGAUGACCUGGAGGCUCUAGUCAAACAAGAGGCUGCAGGGAAACAGCAGCAGCCGCCACAGACACUACAGCCACAGCCUUCUCAGCCACAGCCUGACCCCCCACCUGUGCCACCUGGCCCCACCUCGGUGCCCACGGGCCUCCUAGAACCUGAGCCAGGUGGGAGUGAAGACUGCGAUGUGUCAGAGGCUGCCCAGCCCCUGGAGCAGGGGUUCCUGCAUCAGCUGGAGGAGGGCCCCAGCAGUUCUGCUGGACGGCGUCAGGCACCACAGCAGGAGGAAGAAGAAUCAAAGCCAGAACCAGAGAGGUCUGGCCUCAGUUGGAGCAACCGGGAGAAGGCAAAACAGGCCUUCAAGGAGCUACUGAGGGACAAGGCUGUCCCCUCCAACGCUUCGUGGGAACAGGCCAUGAAGAUGGUGGUCACCGACCCCCGUUACAGUGCCUUGCCCAAACUGAGUGAGAAAAAGCAGGCAUUCAAUGCCUACAAAGCGCAACGGGAGAAAGAGGAGAAGGAAGAGGCCCGGCUAAGGGCCAAGGAGGCCAAGCAGACCUUGCAGCAUUUCCUGGAGCAGCAUGAGCGCAUGACCUCCACCACCCGCUAUCGGCGGGCGGAACAGACCUUUGGCGAGCUGGAGGUGUGGGCUGUGGUCCCCGAGAGGGAUCGGAAAGAGGUCUAUGAUGAUGUUCUCUUCUUCCUGGCCAAGAAGGAGAAGGAACAGGCCAAGCAGCUCCGGCGCCGCAACAUCCAGGCCCUGAAGAGCAUCCUGGAUGGGAUGAGUAGUGUCAACUUCCAAACCACAUGGUCCCAGGCCCAGCAGUACCUCAUGGAUAAUCCCAGCUUUGCUCAGGACCAUCAACUUCAGAACAUGGACAAGGAAGAUGCGCUGAUCUGCUUUGAGGAGCACAUCCGAGCUUUGGAGAGGGAGGAGGAGGAGGAGCGGGAGCGGGCCCGGCUUCGGGAGCGCCGCCAGCAACGCAAGAACCGGGAGGCCUUCCAGACCUUCCUGGAUGAGCUGCACGAGACAGGGCAGCUGCACUCUAUGUCCACCUGGAUGGAGCUGUACCCAGCCGUCAGCACUGAUGUCCGCUUUGCCAACAUGCUGGGCCAGCCGGGCUCCACCCCUCUGGACUUGUUCAAGUUCUAUGUGGAGGAGUUGAAGGCACGAUUCCAUGAUGAGAAGAAGAUCAUUAAGGACAUCCUUAAGGACCGGGGCUUCUGCGUGGAGGUGAACACAGCCUUUGAGGACUUCGCCCACGUCAUAAGCUUUGACAAGAGGGCUGCUGCGCUGGAUGCAGGCAACAUCAAGCUGACUUUCAAUAGUCUGCUGGAGAAAGCAGAGGCACGGGAGAGAGAGCGGGAGAAGGAGGAGGCACGAAGGCUGCGGCGCAGGGAAGCUGCCUUCCGAAGCAUGCUGAGGCAGGCUGUGCCUGCUCUGGAGCUGGGCACGGCCUGGGAAGAGGUCCGUGAGCGCUUUGUGUGCGACUCAGCCUUUGAGCAGAUCACCCUGGAGUCGGAGCGGAUCCGGCUCUUCCGAGAGUUCCUGCAGGUACUGGAGACUGAAUGCCAGCACCUCCACACCAAAGGCCGAAAACACAGCAGAAAGGGCAAGAAGCACCAUCACAAGCGUUCCCACUCGCCUUCAGGCUCUGAGUCGGAAGAGGAGGAGCUGCCCCCACCGUCUCUCCGGCCUCCCAAGCGGAGGCGGCGGAACCCCUCGGAGUCAGGCUCUGAGCCCUCUUCCUCACUUGAUUCUGUUGAAAGUGGGGGUGCUGCCCUUGGAGGACGAGGUUCCCCAUCCUCCCGCCUUCUCCUUGGAUCAGAUCAUGGCCUUCGGAAAGCCAAGAAACCAAAAAAGAAAACGAAGAAGAGAAGACACAAGUCGAACAGUCCUGAGAGUGAGACAGACCCUGAGGAGAAAGCUGGCAAGGAGAGUGAUGAGAAAGAACCAGAACAGGACAAGGACAGGGACCUCCGUCGGGCAGAGCUCCCUAACCGUUCCCCAGGCUUUGGAAUUAAGAAGGAGAAGACGGGCUGGGACACGUCGGAAAGCGAGCUGAGCGAGGGUGAGCUGGAAAGACGGCGGCGGACGCUCCUGCAGCAGCUGGAUGACCACCAGUGACCUGACAAGCCACCCUGCCUCGGGUCUGUGUGAGGCUGUGGCCUAGGUCACCCUCACCGUCUGCCCCAGACUUCUUCCUUAGUUGGGUCUGUGUCCACUUUUCCUCAAGUAACCCCAACCCCAUCACACCAUUGCAGGCACCUCCCAAGGUUGCUCGUGGUGUUCAAGGGUCCCCCACUUCCCGGACAACUAGUGCAGUCCUUGCCCUCAGCCCCUGACUGGAGAUUGGUGGUGUAUACCAUACGGGGUGGGUGGUGCCAGUAGAUAAAAUGUGAGGGGGGGGGCCUCCAGGAAGAGGGACAGGCUGGUGGACACAGCCUGGGUGGCAGAGGGCAGGGUCCUUACCCUCUAGCAUCAGUGCCUGCUCCUGCCUGCCCAGGGCCCUUGGGGCUCCACCACUCCUUCCUCCAGCCCCAGGGCCCAGUGUAUGUGUGUUUUGUUUUGGUUUGGUUUUGGUUUUUUAAAUAACAAUAUUUAUAACGUG